AUGAAGUUUAAGGACGGGAGACCCUACACGUGUCCGCGCUGCAGGCGGAGCUACAAGCACAAGUACAGCUUGCAGCAGCACCAGAAGUUGCAGUGCGGGGGCAAAGUUCCACUGCAAGCAUGUCACAUCUGUGCUUUCCGCACGUUCCAGCGCAGCACGCUGUACCGCCACCUGCGCUGUAUACACCAACUAGAGCUGGUGUUCAAGUGAACUGCACAACCUUCCUGGCUAAUAAUGGAACUUGUGAAUUAUCUGAUGUUGUCUUAUUUAAAAACACCCUGACACUGUACCGCCACCUGCGCUGUAUACACCAACUAGAGCUGGUGUUCAAGUGAACUGCACAACCUUCCUGGCUAAUAAUGGAACUUGUGAAUUAUCUGAUGUUGUCUUAUUUAAAAACACCCAGACACUGUACCGCCACCUGCGCUGUAUACACCAACUAGAGCUGGUGUUCAAGUGAACUGCACAACCUUCCUGGCUAAUAAUGGAACUUGUGAAUUAUC